UGAAAACAAGAGUUAAAAACUUCACUGCUCGAACCAGAGACGGCUGACAUUAUCGAGCUGGAAUAAACGCGCCUGGCUGGAUUAUUACCGCUUGUCUGUGAGAGUUGAAGUGCUUUAUCCGGUUUACAGUUUCAAUAAAUCAUCUUCCGUGGACACUGAAGGGUUUGUUAUGAAGAUGAGGGAUUUAUUGUGUCCGCUGGUGCUUGUACUGAUCAUCUGCACGACGGUACGAGCGAGGUGUCCUAAGGUGUGUAAGUGUCCGGCGGAGCGGCCCGUGUGCCCACCGGGCGUCAGUGCGGUGCCCGACAGCUGCGGCUGCUGUAAGGUUUGUGCCGCCCAGCUAAAUGACGACUGCCAUGAAGGCAAACCCUGUGACCACCACAAGGGCCUGGAGUGUAACUAUGGCAACGAUGUGGCCAGUAUCCAUGGAAUCUGCCGGGGCAAACUGGAAGGCCGCUCUUGUGAAUACAAUGGCCGCAUGUAUCAGAAUGGAGAAAACUUCCGCGCGGGCUGCAAACACCAGUGCACCUGUAUCGACGGGGCGGUGGGCUGCGUGCCCCUUUGCCCCACCGAUAUUCCUCUGGCAUCACCAUCCUGUCCUGCACCUCGACUGGUCAAAAUCCCCGGCCAGUGCUGCCUCAGCGUGGACUGUCACUCCUACUCCCCCCCCCCACCGCCAAUACCCACACAGCCGCAGCCGCCUCCGUAUCUGUUCCCCGACCUGCACACCUACAAGAAACCCCGACCAAAGCCGUUCCCCUACAAGCCCAAAGACUCCUUGAGGAAUGAACUCAUAGAGGUGGAGAAAAAGUGGGACAAACCGCGUAGCCGAAAGCACCUGCCAGCAUGGAAGCAAGCCGGGUGGCAAUGUGUUGCACAGACUACACGCUGGACGCCUUGUUCGCGCAGCUGCGGGAUGGGCGUUUCAUCUCGGGUCACCAAUGAGAAUGCGCAGUGCAAGCUGCUGAAGGAAACCAGACUCUGCAACAUUCGUCCCUGUAGUUCUGUGAAUGUGCCUUUAAAGAAGGGGAGGAAGUGCUCUCGUACCCACAAGUCUCCUGAGCCUCUGCGUCUGCGCUACGCCGGCUGCCGCAGCACACGUCUCUAUCGGCCCAACUACUGCGGGACGUGCCUGGACGGGCGAUGCUGCUCACCCCGACGCACGCGGACAGCCCCCGUGCUCUUCGCCUGCCCUGAUGGAGAGCGCUUCGAGAGGGCCGUAAUGUUUGUGCAGUCCUGCAAGUGCAAUGACGAAUGCGGCCACCUGAACGAUGCAGUGCUCCCGCCCCAACGUUGGCUCUAUGGUGACAUGCACAAGUUCAUCGAUUAAAGUCUCAUUUGUCCAAAGACCCACCCCCAUGUCUUUCCCCGUCCAAUAGAGUAGCGUUUCGAAGUGUAACUCUGAGUAGACGCUAGGCCGAAGCCUUAUUAUAAUGCAAAUCCAUGCGGGAAAAGGGCAACUUUGGGUUUCCAAUCCCUUGUACCGAGAGCCUUAGAGUAGAUGUGCUUUCCCGUGAGGAACCGGGAUGGGAUUAAACCCAGACGUGAAUAUAUACAAUGGAUUUUCUGAUUUACUGGUCCUUACCAUGAACAGUGAUGCAUUCUGGGGCACCUGCGUAAUCUAGAUGAGACUUUAAGCAGGUUUGGAGGGGAAAAAAAUGCCUCAGCGGGACGCUGAUUAGACACUUAAAUGUGGUGGGACCUCUCAGCUUCACAAGGGCUGACCUUUAUGUCUUUUGUAGUGAUUGCUUUGCCUUGACCUUCAAAGAACUGCUGGCAAAUACAAGGGAAACUCAACGGGAAGUCGUUGUAAGCUACCCAGGGUUUGACUCAGCUUCUUGUGGACUCAACACUGAGACUGAUGGUUUUGUGAGCCCAUGACUCCAUCAACUCACCAAGCGAUAUUUGCCAAGUGCUGCAGCUCCCUGGAGUCAAAACGUCGGCUCCUCUGCUCCCGGCUAAUUACAAUCCUCUUCUUUGGGGGCAGAAAGAAACCCAGUAAACCUUUGGUUUGCAAUAAAAAUAUGUUUAAAACACCAGCAUCUGAUGUAAACAUGUAAUUUAAAAGUAAUGAGUGGGACGGUUCUUUCAAACGCUGGUCUGUAAUCUACCACGUGAUGGUAGAGCCUCGUGCAAACGGCACUGGUGUCUGUGUGUUUUAUGAUGCAGCGGUUUCCAUUUCUUCCUGGCGUCGGUGCAUGAACUGACGGAGGUCACACCAUCUGAGCUGAAGAACGAGAGUUUGAACAGGCUAAAAAAAAAAAUUUGAAAAGAAGAAGCCAUGUUGUCAUUGAAUGAUUGUGUUAGUAUAUUUUGUAAAGUUUCACUGGAGCUCCCAAUCUCAACUGAAUAAAACGGCAUCUAGCAGCCAGUCGGAGGACGUUGUGUAAAGCUGCUGACUGAAAUAAACUGCCGCAUGUAAACUUGAAGAAAAAAAAAUGAACACCUUUCUGUUGUUUUGAGUUAAUUAACUAUAAGUAUCUGACACUAAUUGCGUUGUCGAAUAGAUUAAUUAGCGGAUGUUGUUAUUACUUCACCACCUGCGCGUGACGUCAUUAACGACAGUUGAACAAGCGUGAUUCAAACGAAAGAGGCGCGAACAUCUCACUACUGGGUCGCAACUGCCUAGUUAGGUUUUCUUUUUCGUCAAAAUUGCAUCAUAGUAAUUAUGUAAUUACUAUGGUAAUUAAGCAGAUUUACGUCGUUGAACAGGAUACAUACCUGGGAGUAGUUCACAGGCGUUUUCUUCCCGUCUGCCGCGAUCUCCGGUGCGUCUGUGGGACUUUCUUCACCUGUUUCAUCGUCGAGUAGGUGAAAAUUUAAGCUUUUCUCUUAUUACCAGACAAGCAUUAUUGCAAUCAAUCUGAUUUAAUCAUCACUGACGUUUGUAUGCUUCAUGAAAAACAAUUUGUACAGACUUUUAAAAGUCUUGAGUGGAUUAUAUAAUCAGGAAAUGACAUUGAGCAGCCUACAUGGAUACCACAUUCAUCAUGUUACACUUCCAUACCGCUGAAAACCAGACUUAUCUGGAUUUGGGUCUGGUCUAAAAGGGUCUUGUAUUAUAAGUUCCUCUCAUUUGUUUUACCUCAUAAGACAAAGACAACCACUCACCAUCCAUCAAAUAAACUGGCUUUUAAAAACAAUUGA